GCGGCCCGCAAAUGGACCCUAACUAACUCAAGUCCGUGCUCUUCAUCUCACCUCAGCUUCGGUGACCCUGAAAGAGAAACCCCGUCGUACAACUUAUUGAGACGAUAUAGAUCGGGAUCUGUAUUAUCUCCCUAUCUUGAUCUCCUCCCGAGAAACUGCUAUCGGAUCUCUAUGUCCUUAACCCAGCCCGCCAGCGGAAUUUCGCCCACCCCCGGGAGGAAGAAGGCCCCCGGCACCCAGGUACUAAACUGGUAAUCCCCCGAAACACAGGCAGAGAAGCCCGUGAUUCGCCGGCCGCCGACUGCCUGUGGAGCAUGCCGCUCUGGAACACUGGCAUAGAAUCCGAGCCAAAAUUGCUUCAAUAUCUUUCCCCAUCCAACAGAGCUAGGAACCGACAGCCGCAGUACAAACCCAGCGUCACAGCCCCGAGUCGCCAUCGCGUAUCUGUCAAUGCCGAGUGAACAUGAUGUUUCCACGUCCCCAAGCUCGAGUGUGCAAUCGAGGAAAAGCCAAAACCACAACUUGAUAAGAUGUUCAAAGUCACGGGUGAUGUCAUCAAGAGCUGCCAAGAGUCAACUCGCUGUGGCUGUUACGUGGGCCCCGUAGACAUAGUCUGCAUCAUGACUGUCUUCAAGCAGACAGCCGUAUGCUUCGACUUCAUCGCUAAAUCCGGCUUCGACGGGACUGUCAAGGUGGGGAUUGGCAACUACUGUUUUUCGCGCACCGACGAAGCCUCGUUGAAACGGAUACUGGUCUUAGGUCUCGUCAAACAGGCCGAUGAAUUGUUGGACUCGGUGAGUGUCCUCGUGCACAAUAUGCUUGUAGCCCAGAGUGAACCGGGGGGUCAAGGUCAUGAACCGUUCCCCUACCUGCUUGAACCAGCUCAACUUAGAUUAUGUCCAAGAAGCCAUUGCAAGCUUCAAGAAGCUUUUCCGUUUGAUCUCGGAGUAUUUCGGAGGGAAAGAUUCGGAUAGAGGAAGCAUAUGAC